CGCGCGGGACGUGCCGCCGCGUCGUCGCAGGCUCAAUGGGCGGUGGCAGAGCAUGUGUACUCUGCUGUUGCUGGCCUGGGACCCUCUAGCCGGCCAGAAGCUGAAGCCAGGGGCUGCGGGAACACGGCCGCGGAGGAAGAGGGCAAGGACAGCCGGAGGCAGGCCGGGCGUCCCUCUCCGAGGCUGAAGGGCCCGGGCUUCGUGGGGGUCAUGGCAUCGCUGGCGGAGAGAAUGAGGGGCAAUGGGCGCAUCGCCGCCGGGCUCUUGCUCAACCUGCUGGUGUCCAUCUGCAUCGUGUUCCUCAACAAGUGGAUCUAUGUGCACCACGGCUUCCCCAACAUGAGCCUGACCCUGGUGCACUUUGUGGUCACCUGGCUGGGCUUGUACCUCUGCCAGAAGCUGAACAUCUUUGCCCCCAAGAGUCUGCCGCCUUCCAAGCUCCUCCUCCUGGCCCUCAGCUUCUGUGGCUUCGUGGUCUUCACCAACCUUUCCCUGCAGAACAACACCAUCGGCACCUAUCAGCUGGCCAAGGCCAUGACCACGCCGGUGAUCAUAGUGAUCCAGACCCUCUGCUACAAGAAAACCUUUUCCACCAAAAUACAGCUCACGCUGAUUCCUAUAACUUUAGGUGUAAUCCUAAAUUCUUAUUACGAUGUGAAGUUUAAUUUCCUUGGAAUGGUGUUUGCUGCUCUUGGUGUUUUAGUUACAUCCCUUUAUCAAGUGUGGGUAGGAGCCAAACAGCAUGAAUUGCAAGUUAACUCAAUGCAGCUGCUGUACUACCAGGCUCCAAUGUCAUCGGGCAUGUUGCUGGUCGCAGUGCCCUUCUUUGAGCCACUAUUUGGAGAAGGAGGACUCUUCAGCCCCUGGUCAGUUUCUGCUUUGCUUAUGGUGCUUCUAUCUGGAGUAAUAGCUUUCAUGGUGAACUUAUCAAUUUAUUGGAUCAUUGGGAACACUUCACCAGUCACCUACAACAUGUUUGGACACUUCAAGUUCUGCAUCACUUUAUUUGGAGGCUAUGUUUUAUUUAAGGAUCCGCUGUCAGUUAAUCAGUGUCUUGGCAUGUUAUGUACAUUAUUUGGCAUUCUUGCCUAUACCCACUUUAAACUCAAUGAACAGGAAGGAAGUAAGAGUAAAUUGGUACAACGUCCUUAAUUGGUUUUUUGUGGAGAAAAGAAAAUCACCCCAAGAAGACUAAAAAAAUGUUAUGCGUGCAAGUUGCUUUCAAAGAAGAAAAAAAAUUACAUUGCAGAAUUCAAUGAAUGAUAGUUUACAAGAAGUAACACAAAGGGAAUUUUAUAUGACUUUUUCAGUUAGAGUACCUUUAUUUUUAAGAACUUAAUUCACGCCUCUUUUCAAAGGUCAUGAUUGUAUGAAGUAUGUAGGAUGGUUUGGUUACACCAAAUGAAGUACAUGAAUUUAAAGUUCUGUAACAGCGACAAAGGACUUCAUAUCGCUAAACCACAGAUGUGUCCUGGGAGUUAAGUGUUCAUACUCUUCCAAAGAAGGACUCAUAGGACUUCUCUGCUUGCUUGUGGGUGGUCCCCAGUGUGAGCUCUCUUAUCAUUUUGGCCAGCAUUCAAGUCAGAAUUUAAACCUAGCAUUUCUGUUUUAGUUGGUUUAGUAUAACUUCCUGCUUAAUUCAUUUGUAGAAAUCCUAUCUAAUAAAGAGGAAAUAUGCUAAUUGACCCUCACACCAUUGCAAAGAUGGUGGCGCCCACAGCCAAUAAGGAAGGAAUAUGCUAAUUGACUGCCACACCCUCAAAGAUGGCAGCG